AUGGCUGGCCCAAGAUUUAACGACCCGGUCUAUGGCAGCAACGUUGUGACAGGGAUCAGUGCGACAGGUAACGCCCAUCAAACCUUCAACUUCAAUCAGCAUUUUGAGUCGAGACUGUUCUUUUUGUUUCCAUAUGAGAAGAAUGAAGAGUUUGUUCCGCGCACUGAGAUAUCAUCAAAACUUGAGGAACUUCUGCCCAAGGAUUCCGACGACUUUCGAAGCGCCGCUCUUUGGGGCCUGGGAGGAUCUGGCAAGACGCAAAUCGCGCUGGAUUUCGCCUAUAGUCGAUGCAGCAAGAGGAAAUGUUCUGUAUUUUGGGUUCAUGCGGAUAGCGAGGUGACUUUUGCCCGAGAUUAUGGCUCAAUUGCAAGCGUGCUGGGCAUGAACACUCAAGGUUCUCAGCAUGAGCUCUUACAAAAUGUACGGCAUAAGAUUGAGUCAUUGCCUAGAUGGCUACUUGUUAUCGACAAUGCCGACGACUUGUCCCUUUUUGGCGUCGGUUCAAGAGUGAGAAACACCAGCAAGAUCAUGAAUUACAUCCCAAAAGGCCCAAAUGGCACUAUCUUAUGGAUCAGUCGCAAUGAAGCAAUUGUUGGGAGUCUUGCCGGCGUACGGAGAGGUAUAGUUGUCCCGAGGAUGACUUCAGAAGAAAGCAAGGCAUUAUUCGAGUCGACAAUGCCUCAAUCGAUAAGUGAUGACGAGCUAGAUGAUGCUGUUUUGCUGCUUAAAGAGCUGCAGUUUCUCCCUCUCGCUAUUUCGCAAGCUGGGGCAUUCAUGCGAAGAACAGAGACGUCCGUCAGCCAGUAUCUUGCUGAAUUCAAGAAAGAAACCACGCGUUGGCGCAUGCUGAAAGAACCCGAAUUUGACAGAUACAGGCUACACAACAAUUCCAACAGCAUCCUUGAAACUUGGAGUCGUUCGAUUCACCACAUUCGCCAAGAGAACGAGCUAGCACACAAAAUUCUACAUAUCCUUGCCUACGCGGAUAACCAGACCAUCAAUGAGCGGCUGGUGGAUGCUGCUGCGGCCUACGGAGAAACAAAACAGGCGGAAGAUAUGCCCGAGAGUAAGAAGAAAGAAGCGAUACGCCGACUCAAGAACUUCUCCUUCCUCAUAGAGUACCACAUUGGCGAUAAUGAACGCACUUAUGAGAUACACAAGCUUGUGAAAGAUGCUAUACGGUACAAUAUACGGAGCGAAAGCGUUUUAGAUGGAUAUACGAACAAAACAAAGAAAGACUCCAGUCGUUUGGGAGCAUGUAUUAAGAGCCGGUUCAGGAAUAAUGGAAGCAGCAAAGUGGUUACGAGUCAGGGAGAGGAGUACUUUGCCAGCGCAGCAGCAGCUGUUGUCGCGAGGGCUUAUUCACCCAAGACUCAUCUCAAACCAGCGAAAGCAUUCUGA